AUGAAAUAUGUAUUGAUACCUACCCGUAAUAAGGGUUUCGAUUUUACCAAAGUACCUUACAUACGUGAAAUUGUGCCAUCAUCUGUUGAAAGCAACUUUUAUCAAAGCUACCCAACAAUUGCUAAAUAUUUGAGGGAGUAUUUAGACAAAUUCAAUGACUACGAGUAUGCUUUGAAUGAAACCCACCCACAAGCAAAAAUUUUACAACAAUGUGGUGAUCAAGAGUUUGAAAUUAUCUUUUUGGGUACUGGUUCUUCUGUCCCAUCCAAAUAUAGAAAUGUCACUGGAAUCUUGUUGAAUUUAUUUGAUAAAGGAGCAAUUCUUUUUGAUUGUGGUGAAGGCACGUUAUCACAACUCUAUAGAGCUUGUGGGAAAGAAAGAGCCGAAACUAUUCUCAAAAAUUUGAAAUGCAUUUGGAUUUCACACUUACACGCUGAUCACCAUCUAGGACUUGCUUACUUGUUGGAAAAGCGUUCCAAAUUAACCUCUGAAGAUGUUGUUAUUGUUGGGCAGGGACGUAUCAAAGAGGCAUUGAGCGAAUAUUUAGUUUGUUCAAGUGAUACCAAAUUUAAUUUUGACUUUAUACCUAUGCAAACUCUGGAACCAGAAAGAUAUUGCCCAGAAAAAAUUCUUCUCGAUAGAGUUAUUAAUCCACUGGGACUUAAAUCAUUUAUCAAUGUUCCUGUUGACCAUACCUGUGCUGAGGCAUAUGGUAUUGUAAUAACUCAUCAAAAUGGAUGGAAGGUUGUGUUUUCAGGUGACACUAGACCUUGUUCCCGUUUAAUUAAGGCUGGAAAGGAUUGUACUGUCUUGAUUCAUGAAGCAACAUUCGAAGCUUCAAUGAUUAAAGAUGCCAUUUCCAAGAAGCACACAUGUUCAUUUGAAGCAAUUGCUGUAGGAGAGCAAAUGAAUGCUUACAGAACUAUUCUUACUCACUUUUCACAAAGAUAUUGUAAAUUCCCAAUCGUAGACUCUCAAAAAACCGACUAUGCUUUGAGAAAUGUUGCUGUGGCCCACGAUUUGAUGAGACUUAAUGCUAAAAAGUUAAUUCCAAUACCAAAGGUAAUGCAAGUUUUAAAGCAUUUCUGGACCAUUAUCGAAAUGGAUACACAAAGUUAUGCAUUUGAUUUUGAUGAAACAGAAGACGAAGAAAAGAAAUAA